AGCUGGUGCGGAGAGGGGCGCUGGAGGCCGGAGGGUGCAAGGAGAGUCGCAGGGAGCUGGGAGCAAGCGAGGGCGCUGGUGGUCCUCGGCCGCCGCGAUGUCAGCGCAGUGCUGUGCGGGCCAGUUGGCCUGCUGCUGUGGGUCUGCUGGCUGCUCCCUCUGCUGUAGCUGUUGCCCCAAGAUCCGGCAGUCCCGGAGUACCCGCUUCAUGUACGCACUCUACUUCAUCCUCGUCUCCGUCCUCUGCUGCGUCAUGAUGUCCCAGACCGUGGCUAAUGAGAUGAAAGAGCACAUUCCUUUUUUCGAAGACAUUUGUAAAGGCAUUAAAGCUGGGGACACCUGUGAGAAGCUGGUGGGGUAUUCGGCGGUGUAUAGAGUCUGCUUUGGAAUGGCUUGUUUCUUCUUCAUCUUCUGCCUCCUGACCUACAAUAUCAACAACAGCAAAAGCUGCAGGGCUUAUAUUCACAACGGCUUUUGGUUCUUCAAGCUUCUGCUGUUGGGGGCCAUGUGCUCAGGGGCCUUCUUCAUUCCAGACCAGGAGACCUUUCUCAACGCCUGGCGCUAUGUGGGAGCCACCGGAGCCUUCCUCUUCAUAGGCAUCCAGCUCUUCCUGCUCGUGGACUUUGCGCAUAAAUGGAACAAAAACUGGACCGCAGGCACCGCUCACAACAAGCUGUGGUAUGCCUCUCUGGCCCUGGUGACCCUCAUCAUGUAUUCCAUUGCUGCCGGAGGCUUGAUUUUGAUGGCAGUGUUUUACACACAGAAAGAUGGUUGCAUGGAAAACAAAAUUCUCCUGGGGGUAAACGGAGGCCUGUGUCUGCUUAUUUCACUGGUAGCCAUCUCGCCCUGUGUCCAGAAUCGACAGCCACACUCCGGGUUACUGCAGUCGGGUCUCAUAAGCUGCUAUGUCACGUAUCUCACUUUUUCAGCUCUGUCCAGCAAACCUGAAGAAGUAGUUCUGGAUGAACAUGGGAAGAACAUUACGAUCUGUGUGCCUAACUUGGGUCAGGACCUGUACAGAGACGAGAACUUGGUUACUGGACUGGGUACCACUCUCCUGUUUGCAUGUAUCUUAUAUUCAUGUUUGACUUCGACCACAAGAUCAAGUUCAGAUGCUCUGCAAGGGCGCUAUGCAGAUCCUGAACUGGAAGUAGCUCGGUGUUGCUUUUGCUUCAGUCCCUAUGGAGAAGACACUGAAGAGCAGCAGAAUUUGAAAGAGGGGCCGGGCGUCAUUUAUGAUGAGAAGAGAAGCACCGUCUACAGCUAUUCCUACUUCCACGGAGUGUUCUUUUUGGCUUCCCUCUAUGUGAUGAUGACCGUCACCAACUGGUUCAACUAUGAGAGUGCCAACAUCGAAACCUUCUUCAGUGGGAGCUGGUCCAUCUUCUGGGUCAAGAUGGCCUCCUGCUGGAUGUGCGUGCUGCUGUACCUGUGGACGCUGGUCGCGCCCCUCUGCUGCCCUACUCGGCAGUUCUACGUGUGAGGACCUGAGCAGUCCCCUUGGUUCAGCAGGCCUGCGGCCGGAAGCCAUGUCCUUUGAACAAGUGGCCCAGGGGUCUGAGGAGUGACUGGCACUUUUCGAAGAGCUGGCAUUUCCUGGCUUUCAGGGAAGAAAAGUCACCCGAUGAGCUUUUCAAUUCUGAAAUUCAAAAACAAACUACCAGAUCAUCCCAAAAGAAUCGAAAUUUUCAACCAAGUUGAUCCUGAUUGAUACUGUAUUUUGUAUGUGUCUUACCCCUGAAAACCACGGUAGUGGUUAG